AUGGAAAAGUUGCAUUCUCUCUCUAACAGAAUAACAUGUCUCUCCCUCCUCUUCAUCCUCAAUCUUUUCUAUCCUGCUAACGCAGAGUUUAAUAGCUUAACAAGAAUUCCAUUUAGCAAAGGUUUCAGUCCUCUCUUUGGUGAUGGAAACCUCAUGCGUUCAUCCGAUGACAAAAGCGUCCGUCUUCUCCUCAGCCAAUACACAGGUUCUGGAUUCAGGUCAUCUGAUCUCUACAACCAUGGAUUCUUCAGUGCUAAAAUAAAAUUACCAUCAGAGUACACUGCUGGUAUUGUCAUGGCGUUUUAUACAACAAAUGGAGAUGUUUUUGAGAAGACACACGACGAAUUGGACUUUGAGUUUCUGGGAAAUAUUAGAGGGAAAGCAUGGAGGUUUCAGACUAAUGUGUAUGGAAAUGGAAGCACAAGUAGAGGGAGAGAAGAGAGAUACAGCCUCUGGUUUGACCCUUCCAAAGAGUUUCAUCGUUAUAGCAUCCUAUGGACCACCAAGAAAAUUAUCUUUUAUAUAGAUGAGAUUCCAAUUAGACAAAUCAUACACAACGAUGAAAUGGGAGGAGACUACCCAUCAAAGCCUAUGUCACUAUAUGCCACCAUAUGGGAUGCUUCAGAUUGGGCUACAUCCGGUGGCAAAUACAAAGUCAACUACAAGUAUGCUCCUUUUGUAGCAGAAUUCACAGACCUUGUCCUCCAUGGCUGUGCAGUUGAUCCUCUACAAGAAAUUCCAAGCCCCGGCUGCUCUGAAAACGACGACGACUGGCCGGAAAACAUUAACUAUAGUACUCUCAAGCCUAGGCAGCUAGUGGCCAUGAAGAAGUUCAGGCAGAAAUACAUGUACUAUUCAUAUUGUUAUGAUACAUUAAGGUACCCGAUCCCGCCGCCGGAGUGUGAGGUUGAUCCGUUGGAGAGGCAGCAGUUUAAAGAGACUGGAAGGUUGAAGUUUGGUAAGAAACACCACCGCCGCCAUGGAAAGAGAAGAAGCCAGACAACAAAUGGAGAUGUUUUUGAGAAGACACACGACGAAUUGGACUUUGAGUUUCUGGGAAAUAUUAGAGGGAAAGCAUGGAGGUUUCAGACUAAUGUGUAUGGAAAUGGAAGCACAAGUAGAGGGAGAGAAGAGAGAUACAGCCUCUGGUUUGACCCUUCCAAAGAGUUUCAUCGUUAUAGCAUCCUAUGGACCACCAAGAAAAUUAUCUUUUAUAUAGAUGAGAUUCCAAUUAGACAAAUCAUACACAACGAUGAAAUGGGAGGAGACUACCCAUCAAAGCCUAUGUCACUAUAUGCCACCAUAUGGGAUGCUUCAGAUUGGGCUACAUCCGGUGGCAAAUACAAAGUCAACUACAAGUAUGCUCCUUUUGUAGCAGAAUUCACAGACCUUGUCCUCCAUGGCUGUGCAGUUGAUCCUCUACAAGAAAUUCCAAGCCCCGGCUGCUCUGAAAACGACGACGACUGGCCGGAAAACAUUAACUAUAGUACUCUCAAGCCUAGGCAGCUAGUGGCCAUGAAGAAGUUCAGGCAGAAAUACAUGUACUAUUCAUAUUGUUAUGAUACAUUAAGGUACCCGAUCCCGCCGCCGGAGUGUGAGGUUGAUCCGUUGGAGAGGCAGCAGUUUAAAGAGACUGGAAGAUUGAAGUUUGGUAAGAAACACCACCGCCGCCAUGGAAAGAGAAGAAGCCAGGUUUUGAACCUUAGCAAAGAUGAAGAACGGGAUGAUAUAUGAUAUUAUGAUGUGUUUGUCAUGUAUAGGAAAUGUUAUUUUUGGUUUGAUUGUUUAUGUGUGCAUAUGGGUAUUUGUUUUACUAGCUAAUAUUGUGAUUG